GCCCGGCAUGGGUGGGCUGUUUGGCGGGCUGCCUCGGUUGUGCACCCCAGGCUUUAGCUUCCUUUGCCCCGCAGCAUGUGCACACCGUCGAACCACAGCCUGCCGAUGCGGCCAGCGCCGUUGGAGGUCCUUGAGCUUCUGAUCACCCCCCCACGUGGCUCACACACCACUCGCACAGCCGUCCUCGCGAUUUUCCUUAUGCCGCCCUGAAUUGGGCUUUGCGUUGACUCAUUCUCGCUCUCGCCCCCUUUUUAUGUGCACAUUUGGCAGUACACAAAAAGCAGGCUGUCUCCAGAUGCAAUUCUGAUACACUGCCGCUUUCGGAGACCUUCUCCCUCCCAUCUUCCCCUCCUCUCUGCCAUCAAACACAAAUGCUGGCGCGUUCCUUUGGCGUCCCAAGAUCUCCCUUGGCCUACUACACCAAGCGACACGUUUCAAAUCGUUCAAAACCACCACCAGUCUUCGCCAUGGCCAGCCGUCCGACACCGGGAGCACGCCUGCUCUCUACCUCGGCCCGGGUGCACCCAAGCUACCUCCCGUACCUGCACAAUGCCUCCCGCGGACAGGGGAUGAAAUGGAUACCACCCAUCGUCGCCCUCGUCGGCGUCGGCUACGGCGUCGCCGCGUACCGCGACGCGCAAAUCGACAAGCACCUCGCCAUGUCGGUAGCCGCGGAACAGGCCGAGGCCGAGAGGAGGCGCCGCGAGUCGCUGCUCGCCGAUGCGUACGGCGACCGCUCGAGCCUGGAGGGCCUGGAGCAGGCCAUGAAGAUGUAUGAGGCCCAGCGGCGGGGCGAGUAGUCAGCGCGGGUCGCUGGGGAGUGUUGAGGUUGGGGUGGAUGAAGAAGAGAGAUGUAGGCUUUUGGGUUUAUGACGAUUUAUAUGACACGUUUGGGUUUUUUACUCUUUAGAAGACUUGUAAUUAUAGAAUAUCUUAUGUAGAGUACAAAAAAGGACUUCCCUGAUAUUAGAUUUGUGGUUGAUUUGUAUUCGCCAACUUUCAUUGGUACACUAUUCACAUGGAUCAAUUAGACUAACUGGAAUUACUCUUUGAGGUGCGGUUAUUUGAAGAUUUGCUCAUGAGGUUGGAACGUGC